AUGGAAGAGGAGGCUCGGAGUCUUGUGCGGGAUUUAGGCGUUCCGCACACCCCAGACGAGGAGAUGCCUGAUCCGAGCUUGAACCGAGAUUGGGUAUCUGAUCGACGAUCACCUCCGCCGGGGCCAUCGCCGCCACCAUUGGCAUCAUCUCCGUCGAGAGUAUCGUCCCCGCCAUUAGCAUCACCUCCGUCGAGGGCAUCACCACCGCUAGUGGCAUCACCUCCGUCGGGGCCAUCGCUGCCGCCAUUGGCAUCACCUCCAUCCAGACACCUUCCCCGUGUGUCUCCGGGGUACAGUGAUGAUUUGUAUGCCCGUUUGACUGGAUUUAUAGCGGAGGAGGUCGACGCGCUACGACGAGAGUUGACGGAGAGGGUCGAUGAUCUGGGACGAGAGUUGACAGGGAGGGUCGACGAUCUGGCAGGGAAGUCUUCCGUUGUCGACCUUCAGGAUACAGUAGCGGCGCUUAGGGGAGAUUUAGCCGGCAGACGAUGGAGGGACAGAGGGGAUGGCGGAAAUCAUGAUCGAGAGAGUGGCAGAGAUGGUGAUGGAGAGGGGGGUUACCCACAUUUUUGGCGUGAUGAGACAUUGGAGUCCUUGUGGUUGUCUAUGGAGGGGGUGGCCCCGAUGGGGAUGGGAGAGGGGAGGGGCGGAGGUGGUGGCGAUGGAGGGGGAGGCCCCCAUGGAGGGGGCGGAGGAGGUGUCCCCGGAGGUCGAGAGGACGCCCGGCGUGAUUGA